AUGUAUUGCCUAGUCAGGAGGUCUCCAGCCGGAGACCUCCUUCUCCCAAUUACCUACAGCGGCUCUGAAUUCAAUCCGAAUCUGCUUGACCCGACCCAGAUGACCCCGUCUUCCCCGAUUAUCUAUGCUAAGCCCCAACUCACACGUGGAGCCUCAUUUUCUCCGUCUAUUUCCACGAAUGGUGGUGGGCUGCGUCGAUAUUUGGUAAUCGAAGAGAAUCCGGAUUCUCUCCCCGACCGCGGACGCCACUCGAUGAAGCUGCCCCGUUUUUACGCAAGAAGCAAGGCCGAUGAGAGCAUUUAUGUGCCGGAAUUGAUCCGCCAACGCGAUAGACCCGUCCGAUCGCAAAAACGUUCCAAGAGCCAACCGAUGGCCCCAUCCCCUACCGAUUCUGAUGAAGAUUACGAAAGCGUCCAGCACAUUUCACGCGGCGAUGGCCCAGCUGAGGGAUGGCCUAGAGGGUGCAGAUGUUCGCUUCAAAGCACUUCUUCGAGUGGAUCGCGGAGCAAUGGCAGCACUGAUGUUUCCGACUCGUCGGCUAUGAUUGCUGAGGCGUCAUAUGAUCAUGUCGCCUUGUUACCGGAUGAGCUGCCAUUUGCUGCGGGGGAUGUGAUAUCAGUACUUGACGCCAGCUCCCAAACCGGCUUAUGGUACGGUAGUUGUCGCGACAGCCAAGGAUGGUUCCCGGCCAGCCAUGUCAGAGUCGUCUCCGGCGCUUCAUCCCGUCCAUCAUCCACAUCCCUAUCCACCGACUCAUUCCCACAAGCAAUGAGAACCCAGCGAGCCAAUGUCGUCGAAGAAUUGAUGAACACCGAGCGAGAUUAUGUUCGACUCCUCGAAAAUAUCGUUCAGGGCUUCCUCGAACAAACUCGCCGUCGAUCCGAGCUCUUCUCACCCCAGCGAGUGCGGAAUAUUUUCGGCAAUAUUCAAUCUAUUUAUCUUCUGCACUCGAAGCUAUUGAGAGAUCUGGAAAUUGCUCUCGACCCGAUGAACCCAGAGAACACUUGCCUGGGGUCAGCCUUUCUCCGCAACAAACAAUCCUUCUCGAUCUAUUCGGAUUAUUGUAAUAAUCGACCGGUAUCUUGUGCUGAGUUGGCAGCCUUGGAUCGGCAGCCAAUUUAUCAUCAGUUCUUUCAAGCAUGUCGAUUGUUGAGAGGGAUGCCGAACCUUGCGCUGGAAAGCUUUUUGUUGAGCCCAGUUCAGAAGAUUUGCCGUUAUUCGUUGCAGCUAUCUGAAUUAUUGAAGGCAACCCCGGAAAGCCACGAAGACCAUUCUGCCCUGGAAGCUGCCGAGAGGGCGAUGAGGGCUGUUGCCGCCCAAAUAAACGACCGGAAGAGGCGGAUAGAAGCCCUUCAAGACAUCGCCAUUUGGCAGAAAAAUGUUCAUGGAUGGAGGGGACCCGACUUGUUGGAAAACAACAGCGCCAUGUUGCGAUCAGGGGAAGUGUUUUGCCGAAGCGUCACCUCCAACUCCAAUCAGUGGUCAAAGGACGUUCUACUCUUCCUCUUCGACCAGUCGAUCGUCAUUUGCAAAAAGGAUUUGAUAAAGAAAAAUUUCUACAUCUUCAAGGAGCGGAUGUCACUCCAGAAUACGCACGUUUUGGAUGUGAAGGAUGGGAAAGAACCGACUUUCAAUGUGAAUGUGAAGAACGCGUUUAAAGUAUCCGGAGCUGGGAGGCAAUAUUUGUUUACUUGUGCUGACAAAAAGACAAAAUCCGCCUGGCUAGCCGCAUUCGAUCAACGUGGCCUCGCCUAUCCCUCCGCAACAGUCGAAGAAAAACGCCUAGCCAUCACCACAUUAAAUUCCCUAAAAUUGGCA